AUGGGUCUUAUCAAGACUGGCCUUGCUUUGGGUGGUGGCUAUAGCCUCAUUAAAGCUGCAUCCAAGGCCGCCACUGAACACGAGGAGCAGAAGCAGAAGCAGAGGGAAAGUCUCCAGCCUGCUUCCCAAAGGCUCCGACAUGCUUCCCAGCAACAAUACUAUCUUAAUAACAAGCGGCGAAUGGGCUAUAAGGAUGGUAGCCAAAUGAACAACCCUCAUGUCCAACCAUCGUACCCUCUACACGGGCCUCGCUCAAACCGUGACAGCAAUGGGAACAAGUCUAAGCCACAAGCACAAUCCCAGUCAACCCACCAGCCGUCAAUGUGCUGUACAAAUACAACGGCGAUGGAGGAUCCUCCGGCAUACGAUCCUUCACCGCAGGCACAAUCCCAGUCGACCUACCAGCCGUCAAUGUGCACAAGGGCCAUGGAGAACCCUCCUCCAUACGAUCAGAGCCCCCCAUACGAAAUUUAG